CGACUUUUCUCGGACCGCUUCCCUUGAGCUUGAACGGGUUAUAAUACUCGAUUAGACGGAGUGUCUUGUCUGUCGACUCACAUGUGCGGCCUAUAACAGCCCUUAACUCCCACAUUCUCGGCGAACUCCCCUCUCAACACCCCAAAGGAAAUUCUCAUAAUGACGUCUAUUUACGUUGACGAGGACGUCGGACGCGACGACUCGACCGCCAACGGCUCCGAAUCCGCACCCUACAAGACCCUCGCCCAUGCCUUCCUUCAACACGCUCCCACCGAUGGCACGCAGUACUUCAUGCGCAAGUCCCAGACCGAGCCCGCCGGCGAGAAUGUUGACCCCGCCGCCAAGUUGGAAUGGAAGCCCGCCGCCAAGUCGGCCAUAAAGAAGGCCACCAACCUCUAUGAGCAGCGCAAGAAGAAGGCCGCCAAGGAGCAGGAGCUGGCUAUCCGGGAGAAGGAAGAGGCCGACAAGCGCCAGCAGGUUCUGGAGGAGGCCAAGAAGGUUGUCAUCAAGGAGGACACCUCGCUCCCUAAGCCUACCCGCAUCCGUCUGGAUGUCACUGACCCGGAGGUCGUGAAGCUGGGCUCCCCCGAGUCUGAGACCCCGGGAACCCGUGUGCGCGUGCUGGGACGGGUGCAUCGUCUGCGCGCUCAGAAGGGUGUUAUUUUCUUGACCCUGGCUGAUGGAUACGGAUACUUGCAGUGUGUCCUGACCGGUGACCUGGUCAAGACCUACGAUGCCAUGACUCUCACCCUUGAGACCUCGAUGUCCAUCCACGGUGAGAUGAAGGCGGUCCCGCCUAAGCAACACGCCCCCAACAACCGCGAACUCCACGCGGACUUCUUCACUGUUAUCGGACGUGCUGCUGGUGACAAGGAAGCAAUCACCACCCGUGUCGCCCCCGACGCGGACCCGCAGACCCUCUACGACAACCGUCACUUGGUGCUCCGUGGUGAGACCUCAUCGGCUGUUAUGAAGGUGCGCGCGGCCACGCUGCGGGCAUUCCGCCAGGCAUUCGAGGAGAACCGCAUGCUCGAAGUGACCCCGCCCGCGAUGGUCCAGACCCAGGUCGAGGGUGGCAGCACGCUGUUCAAGUUCGACUACUACGGCGAAAACGCCUACCUCACUCAAUCCUCGCAGCUGUACCUGGAAACUUGCCUGCCCUCGCUAGGUGACGUCUUCUGCGUCUGCCCAUCCUUCCGUGCUGAAAAGUCUCUCACCCGUCGCCACCUGUCCGAGUACACGCACCUUGAGGCCGAGCUCGACUUCAUCACCUUUAACGACCUCCUCGAACACCUCGAAGAGGUCAUGUGUCGCGUCAUCGAACUUACCCUGGCGGAGCCCGCCACCGCGGCUCUCAUCAACCAACUCAACCCCGACUUCAAGCCCCCCAGCCGUCCCUUCCGCCGCAUGAAAUACGCCGAUGCCAUCGAAUGGCUGCGUGAGCACGACAUCCCCAACGAAGAGGGCAAGCCCCACCAGUUCGGUGAUGACAUUGCUGAGGCUGCUGAGCGUAAGAUGACCGACAUCAUCAACACUCCCAUCUUCCUUACCCACUUCCCUACCGAGAUCAAGGCCUUCUACAUGAAGCGUGACCCCGAAGACCGUCGCGUCACUGAGAGUGUCGACGUCCUCAUGCCUGGUGUUGGUGAGAUUGUCGGUGGUAGUAUGAGAAUGGACGACUGGGAGGAGUUGAUGACGGCCUACAAGCGUGAGGGCAUGGAUCCUUCGCCGUAUUACUGGUACACUGACCAGAGAAAGUAUGGUACCUCCCCCCACGGUGGAUACGGUCUCGGUCUCGAAAGAUUCCUGGCUUGGUUGUGUGCUCGGUACACUGUUCGGGAUUGCAGUUUGUAUCCUCGUUUCACUGGUCGUUGCACACCUUAAUCUGUUUGAUGUGGACUUUAUUUACGUUUAUUUAAGGAAAAGCAGUAGGAAUAUGAAUGAUUUCGAUGAAUACCCAUACAAUCAGUUUCCAGCAUCU